AUGCCACCACUUGAACCUUUCGCAACGCAGUCCAUUAUUUUGAAUACGACAUCGAAUAUAGAAGAGUUUUUAAACGAUGAUCUCGUAUCAAUUCAACAUAAAUUAAAUGCAAUUCCAACAAAAGAAACUGUUCCUUCGAUUCUUGAAAUCAAAAAAAAUAUCCCAAGUAAAUUCUUUGCCCCUUCACUCUUUCAAUCAUUUAAAUAUGUGGCAUGGGAUCUUUGCGUGAUAUCGUUAAUAUUCGCCGCCUAUUACUUGUUAGAUAAUUUAGCAUUUAUCCCAUCCCCAGUUAAAAACUUGGUUCUUCUUGUUUAUGCCUUUUUCCAGGGUACAAUGUUUUGGGCGGUUUUUGUUUUAGGUCAUGAUUGUGGACAUGGAAGUUUUAGCAAAUAUCCAUGGAUCAAUGAUACAGUCGGUACAUUCCUUCAUAGCUUAAUCCUCGUUCCGUAUACCACAUGGAAAUUAAGUCAUCGACAUCAUCACAAGAACACGGGAAAUAUUGAUAAAGAUGAAGUUUAUUAUCCGUUACGUAAAUCGGAAGCACUUAAAAUGACAGGGGAGAAUCAAGAGACGAAAUUGGUUCCUUAUUUCGCGUUUGGAAUCGGUUGGUUGAUUUAUUUGAUUGGAGGCUAUGGAACGAGAGCGACAUCUCAUGUGAAUCCUUUUCAUCUACUUUUCAAAAACAAUCGUGCUGGAGCUUUCACCUCGAUUAUUUGUGUAAUCCUUGGACUGGGUUUUUUAUAUCGUGCGUCAACAAUCUACGGUGCUUGGAAUAUUAUACGAUAUUAUUUUCUCCCGUGGAUUGUUUUCGCAAGUUGGUUAGUAAUCACAACUUUUCUUCAUCACCAUGGUGUAGAAGAAAAUCUCAACUUACCCUGGUUCUCGGAUGACAAAUGGUCGUAUGUUCUCGGAAAUCUUUCCUCAGUCGAUCGUGAUUAUGGUUUUUUGCAUGACGUAACUCAUUCGAUCGGGACUCAUCAAGUACAUCACUUAUUCCCCGCGAUUCCUCAUUAUUAUCUGAAGGAAGCGACCACAGCAUUUCAAGCACGGUACCCGAAAUACGUGCGAGAAUCUGGUGAACCGAUAUUGCGGACUUUCAUGAAUACGUUUAAUGCCUUUAAAUCUCAGUACAUCAUUCCAGAUGAUACUAAAGUUUUUCUGUAUAGUGAUCCUAAAAAACAAGAAUGA